AUGCAAGCCGCCAAUCGUGUCCAGACAGCCCUCAAGAGCGGCAAGACCUCCUUUGGAGGAUGGCAGAUGCUCCCCGGCUCCAAUCUCUCGCGAACCAUGGCUCGCACCCCAAACAUGGACUGGAUCUGCGUCGACACUGAACAUGGCAACAUAAGUGACGACAGCAUGCACGAAGCAGUCGCGGCCAUAGCAGCCUGCGGUGUCUCGCCCAUUGUCCGUGUAGCAGAAGGCCAACACUGGAUGAUCAAGCGUGCCCUCGACGCUGGCGCUCACGGGAUCAUGGUACCCUUAGUCCGCACAGUCCAAGAUGCCAAGAACAUCGUCUCCUAUUCAAAGUUCCCACCUACCGGUACCAGAGGUCUCGGCUCACCCCUAAGCAUGGAGAAGUUCGACCACAAGAUGGGAAUUAUGGAGUACUACCAACAGGCGAACGACGCCACGCUGGUCGUAAUCCAGAUCGAAACAGCCGAAGCUCUGGCCUCCGUUUCGGAAAUCGCGGCUGUGCCUGGAGUAGACAUCCUUCUCAUCGGACCCACAGACCUAGGCAACAAUAUUGGCCAUCCCAUCCUCGGCGCUGACUAUGCUCCGGAGCUCAAGACGGCUAUCAAGACUAUUAAUGAUGCGGCGCACGCGGCGGGCAAGUGGAGCGCGAUUUAUUGCGGUUCGGGAGAGCAGGCGAGGGAGUAUGCUGAUCUGGGCUUCAAUAUGGCGAACAUGGGCAAUGAUGUUUCGAUGUUGAAGAAGGCUUUUGGGGAUGCGGUUGAGACGGCGAGGGGAAGCUAUUUGCAUGCUGGGGUGCAAGGGGUUAAGAAGGGGGUGCAGCAGAUGACUACUUACUGA